UUCGCCGUCUCUGAGGUUUAUGAGCGCUAUUCACAAUUCAGACGAGGAGCUGUUUGGGCGAAAAUUCUCGUACCAAACAUUCCGGUGCAAAAUGGCGUCGUGCACAUCAUCGACAACGUGCUCGGAAUCGUCUCGAACACUAUCGAUCAGUUAUUGAUGGAGAACUAUCGUUGUACAACUUUGAUGCGGUACAUAAACACUAUCGGACAAAUCGUUCGAAAUUACUUUUCGGCCACCGGUGGACUGGUGACUUUCUUUGCACCGUACAACGAAGCAUUCGAACGGAUUCCUGAGCAGAUUGAGCGUCGUCUGCUCAGAGACAGAAUAUGGCUAGAGCAGGUUAGCGACUACGAUCUCGAUAUGCGUGAAUAUUGGGACAUAUUGUGA